AUGGCAUCAUCUUCAGCCGAUUUCUUCGCCCGUGUUAGCGCGGGUAGCCAAAGUGACACCACCGCCCUCGGCACAAGCAGUAUAGAGUCGAGCACUAUAAUAGAAGAGAAAUGCAACGACAUCGCCCGACGUAGAUACCCGACCGAGGCGAUUCGACCUGUUCCAUUUCAGGGCGGAUGCUCCUAUUCGCUUCUUGUUGGCGAUUCCAAGGUGCUCCAGUAUCGUCUGGGCACCGACUUUUUGGAUUUGAGCAUUAUCAAGCAGGCAAGACAGGUCUAUGCCGACCUAGUGCCAAACUCGGAGUAUCUGGGUCCCGUCGAAGUGGUUGUUCUAAACCCGGCGAACCCAAUCAGCAUGAACCUCUACGUGCAUGACCGCAUCGGCGGUAGUUCUCUCGCUGAAUAUCGCAACGAGAGUCAAGACAAACCUCCAAAUCGGCAAUAUGCUGAUAGGGAAGCUCUCGUCCGGAAUCUUGCCCGUUUUGUGGCGAAAGGGUGUAAUCAAAAAGUCCGACACCCUCCCCCGAGCCUCGGUCGCGUCGGCAGCUCUCUCCAACAUCGACUCGAAAUGCUCCGUGACAGACUACCUGAACGCUUUCAACCGUUCGCGAGGAGUUCCCUUGACUACCUGCGCGAGACAGAGAGCACGAUUCCGUGGGUACUGACGCAUGGCGACGUCGUUCCCGGCAACAUCAUGAUCGACCCGCAAGGCCCACGAAUCUCGGGAGUUCUGGACUGGGCAGAAGCCGAGUGGCUCCCAAUGGGAAUCCAACUCUAUGGGCUUGAGGAGUUCCUGGGCGAGUCGACGGGAGGGGAUUCGAGCACGCAGUACCCGCCACCCAUGAGCGUGUUUCGAUACUUUGCAGACGUGCAGACGCUGAGAGAGGCCUUUUGGGAAGAGAUAGACCUCUGCUGGACGGGCACACUCACUUCGACUCUUCGCGAAGACCUCUCCAAGUGCCGCGUAAUUGGAGUGUUACUCUGGCAUGGAAUUGCAUGGGACGGCGGGAAGCUCGAUCGGGUGGUUCAGGAGGGAAUCGACGAUGCAGAGAUACAGCGGCUGGACUUGUUUCUUCUGGGGAAGGAGGCGCCUCAUGAAGAUGUCGUCCACCACGUCGAUAAAAUCCCAACCGAACCCAAGCCCAUGACGGUAGAGGGAUCAGAGGGCUCCAUGUUAGACGAUAUCCUGGACGACGAAGACGCCGAAAUUACCGGGCAGGAGACUACUAGCGAUCAAAAACCUGUAUUAGGGCGGCCUCGCGUCAGUCAAGUUUCCAUGCCACGCGGAGCUGGGCGUGAGAGAAAACCCGGGUUCGGAAGACGGCUGUUAAACUUUGUGACCUGCCGUGGAAAGCUGUGA